GGCCAGAGUUCAGUUCAGAAGUGUGGUAAGGAUUGCAUCAGCUUGCUGCCAGCCUGUUACUUAUUCAUGGCGCACGGUACAAAAUGAAUUUUACUCGAAUCUAUAAAAGAUGGGAAGAUGCACUUGGACAGCCCUUCAUUAAAUACGGAUCACUGGUAUCUAGAUACCCCUGGCAUAUAUUGAUAGCAUGUGUGAUCAUCAACUGUCUACUGGGGAUUGGACUGGUCAGGCUACAGAUUGAGACUGACUCCGAAAUCACGUAUACACCCAAAAACGCUCAGUCCAUAACGGAUCGAGCUAUAAUUAAUUCAAUAUUUACCGAAGACAAGUCAGGAACGAACUUCUACACUAAAAGUCUCACAUGGAAUAGCCAUUAUGCUGACAUUAUUAUUAAAACCAGAAACGAUUCUAACAUCCUUGCACCAAGGUACUUGGAUGAAAUUGAAAGGAUAUAUAAUUUCAUUAUGCACAGUAUAAAUAUAACUACUGAUAAUGCAACUUCCAGUCUGGUAAACAUUUGUGCUUUACGAAACGGUAACUGUGUCGUCGAGGGGGACGUUGUUUUUAGUAGAGCUUUCCGAACAGCCAUGGAGUCAAACACAAUCAGCUUUCCACUUUUCAAUUUUGAAUAUCUUAGCUGGACAUUUGGAGAUCCCCAAGUAUCAGAAAGUUAUCUCGUAUCAGCUAAAAUGGUGAGACUCGUAUUCUAUUUGCGUCAGGACACGGAAACAGCAAAGGAAUUAUCCUCGGCCUGGGAAAAAAAGUUACCGCAGAUGCUCGGUAGAUUCCCAUCCAUAAUGGACAUCGCUUUUUCAACAUCAAGAUCUUUAGACGAUGAGUUGGAAAAAAGCGUGUUCGGGGAUGUCCCGCUCUUUGGCUUUUGUAUAGCUAUGAUGCUGGUUUAUGCUGGAUUCGCUAUGUCCGGAGGAGACUGUGUUUCCGACAGACAAAAUUUGGGUCGUGCAGGCGUUCUUGCAACAUGCUUUGCAAUCCUUGGAUCAUUCGGCUUCGUCAGUGCCAUUGGUGUCAAGUUUGUCCUCGUCGUUGCGGCACUUCCCUUUCUGAUUAUAGGUAUUGGCCUUGAUGAUAUGUUUAUCCUGAUCUCUUGUUUGGCGGACUGCUCAUCAGCCCAACAAUCGACUUUAGAGGACAGGAUGAUGGAGACGAUGAGGACGGGGGGCGUGGCUAUAACAAUAACAUCCAUCACCGACUUUUUGGCGUUCGCUGUUGGAGCAACGACCCCCAUCAUGGUUGUCAGCCACUUCUGUGUGUACGCAGGUACGGCUGUCAUCUUCUGCUACCUCAAUCAGCUGGCCUUUUUUGUGCCUUGUAUGGUUAUCAAUGAGCGCCGAAUGGCCCGGAACGACCACUGUGGGACGUGCCGUCCUAUAAAACCCCGCGAGGAGUUACGAGCGGAAGGGAAAUCCAUUUGUUAUACAUUCUGUUGUGGCGGACAGCCCCCUAGGACAAGAAGAGACAAUGAAAGUCCGUUAGAACAUUAUGUAAAGAUCCCUUUCCAGUAUAUAGUUCAAAAUACAUAUGGGAAAGUCACGAUAACAGUGCUUUUCAUUGUUUAUCUCGCGGCAACUGUUUACGGAAUAAUGAAUUUUAAAAGAGGCUUGCGCUACAGUUACUUAUCUGAUCCGGAUUCCUAUUUGUAUACCUACAAUACGCUAUUUGAAAACCAUUUUAGCUGGGAGUUUGCCAUAGGAUUUACCAUCACAUCAGCUCAGAAUUACUCUGAUGCUUCCACGCAAAGUCGUAUUUUCGAAAUGUUAUCGAACGCCAAAGCUGAUGAUGACAUCAACCAGGCUAUUGCAUAUGAUUGGCUAACGGAUUACAAGAAGUCAAUAUUUUACAAUGAUGUAAGUGAGAGAAGUUUCAUAGCCGGCCUGAAAACUUUCUUAAUCAUUCGAAAGGAUCACGCAAAUGAUAUAGUGAUCAACAGCGAGGAAACAAACAUUGUCGCCGCUAGGUUUUAUGUUUUAACAAAAGAUCUUCCUGGAUCUGAUCAACAAGGAAACGUCAUGCUUCGGAUGCGAGAUGUAGCGUACAAUUCUCCUUUACCAGUUGUUUGUUUUUCUUGGCCUUUUAUAUUUUUCGAGGAGUACGUUUAUUCUUUCCAAAUCACAUUCACCACCGUCGGUAUGGCAAUAGCCGCCAUGUUCGUGGUUACAAUAAUAUUUAUGCCACAUCCAUUACUUGUCGCGUGCGUGACCGUUACCAUGGUAAUGAUAUGCGCGGGUAUGUUUGGAUUGAUGUACUACUGGGAUCUCACUUUGAACGCCAUAACUAUGAUUGAGAUUAUCAUGAGUAUAGGUUUUUCUGUCGAUUUCAGUGCGCAUAUUUGUCAUGCAUACAUAACUGUAGAUGGCGCCACGCGAAAAGAACGUGUGCAUAAUGCUAUAAAUCGGACGGGAGGACCAAUUAUCAACGCCGCCAUCUCCUCAAUUAUUGGGAUACUUAUCCUUGCAUUCUCGUCCUCAUAUAUAUUCCAGAGUUUCUUCAAGCUGAUGUUUCUCGUUAUGGUACUUGGGAUAGGACAUGCGUUGUUGUUACUUCCGGUAUUGUUUUCAUUGGUUGGACCCGUGACGGAAGUUCCAUUGACUCCUACACCAACCGACAAAAAAGUGUACGCCAAGACAAUAAGCAUGCCGACAGACAAUCAGACAAACACUACUUACAAAUCCGAACCAACUGAACUAGGCAACGUAUCCAUGAUCCUACGGAAUGAUUCCUCAAACAAACAUACCGUCAUUACACAACUCUGACUGCAAAAUUGACAUAACAUUUUUCCUAUCUAAGGAACAGCUUUCGCUGUUAUUUGAGUGAUAAUGAAAGCCAACAUCAAAUCAUGCUAGAUUAUUAUGAUAAGUGUUAAAGGAUAGGUAUCUAUAAGGCCUGGAAGAUCAUUCGAGUCAAGGAAGAAACUACAUCAAUGGGUGUUUUACUUCGAGAACACACGAGACAUUUGAUUUGGAAUUCUAACAUGACUUAUAGAACAUUGGUUAAACGCUAUAAUGGUUUUGCAGAAAACAGGCGUUUUGCUCUAUUUCUAAAAUUGUCGUAAUUAUUUUCGUACUUGUACCAAAACAGAUAAGGGUAAUACACACAGGCCCGUGGGUAAAUUAAACAGGCCCAAAUUUAUAUUAAUAUUCCUUAACUUCAGAAAACUCCUAACUUAAAUUGUCCCAUAGCAAAGCAUAACAGAAUAUAAAGAAAAUUCCUUAGCUAAGAUCAUUCCGGCUCGAGUUUCAUCAAUUUUCUAUAACGUAAGAAAAUUCCUUAACUUAACAUUUUCUAUAGGAAAACAGUCCUUUAAUCCAAUGAACCUUUUUUUAUAUAAAAAUAGCAAUUAAAGGUGUUUAUUUAUUGAUGAAACUGGGGCCGGAAUGACCUCUCGCGUAUAGUUUAAACAAACGAAAUAAUAAAUAAAUAUAUCAAUGAUUGAAAAUAUACAGGUGAUUUAGGGAGAUAACAGCAACUCAAAAAAAUCAAUAGAUCAAUAAAUAAACAAAUAAAAACAAUAUACAAAUAUGUAUCUAAUUUCUACUCAAGUUGGACUCAAUUAGACUUCAUCAUUUAAUCUAUUUCAUUGGUCCAUGAAUUUGAAUAGCAUCAUUCUACGCGUAUGAAAACGUUGUAGCGCACAAGUCGACCGCUAGGCAUAACCAAUAUAUGUGGGGGACAGAAAUCUUAAUAGGCUUAUUUUGGGUCAGAAAUAACAUACAUGUGAUGUUAUCAGUACUUUGCAAUUGAGUGGGCAUGUUCUGUUAGAUCUACAUAAUAGGCAUCAUGUUCAUUAAGAUUCUGAGAAUUUAAAUGAGAUUUUCAAAACCAACACGAGUAAAAAUCUCUUAACUCUACCAAGGGUGAUGCCUGAUUGUGUAUGUCUUCAAAGUUACCCACUUGAUGUUUAAAUGUGCCCAUGUGUAAUCAAUAUAUAUACAGAAUCAUUACUUAAUUGUUUGGAUCCUGUAAAUCGUCCAAGUGGGCAGUGGACUAGGAAUCAAGCAUUCGUCUCAAGUCCCUGUGUGUCGGGCGGUCAAAAUAAAGCCAUCAUUAAAAUCGAGAUGUGUACAAGGAAGUUCAAUAGAUCAAAGAAUUAUCAGUAAACAUUCGUGAAUAAAGUUCCAUAUUUUAAUCAGUUGUAGAGCUCGUGUCAAGGUCACAAUCCAUUUACCAACUCCGUAACAUAUUUCGUAAAGAUGGCAACGGGAGACAACCGGAAAGCAGAAGACUUUUUUCUCGCAGAUUUUUAAAUUCAACGAAAAAAGAAAUAUUUCAAUUAAAUUACGUUAUUUUAUAAUUUGUU